CGCACUGCAAAUAUAGAUCCCCUUUCUUGGCGAGGGGGAUCGUUUGAUUCCUCUUUAUUCCAAUAAAUUGUCUACAACCCGUAGACGAAGAAUAUUCACCGCAUUGUGUUUGCUUAUGGUGUCGCGGAAUUGCGUUACUGUGGAGUCAACAGCGGCACUGAUACUUAGCUUUCCAUUGUGCACUUCUUUAUAUACGAGGCUGGAUGUUUUGCAACCCCCGUACCGUGUGACAUUUCUCAAAGAAUAUUCUUUAUAUCCAGGCCAGGAGAUCCAUCAAUAUCUUUGAGAUCCCAUAAUGUCAGACGACGAAGCGGAUCCCGAACUCCUGGAGCUGUUGCGGAAGUCUCUCGGUUUGGGCGGUGGCCGAUCGACACCACCACCACCAGAGACGAAAGUCCUUGAGAGCGCACAGUUCAUUUUUGACAACUCCAUCGACGUUGCUCUGAGUGUUCCAAAAACCAAAGAAGCAGCAGAGAUAAUAUGGCGCCUGAUGCAAGAGAAGGGAUAUUCAACAAAAACGUGGUCCGAGCAUGAAUUACAUCCGAAAACCAAGGACGAGAGCACGGUGGAGUUCAUCUUCACUAUGGAUCUCUUGAAUUUCAGCUUUUGGUCAGAGGAGUCUGAUCAGUCAAGACGGUUUGCGAUUGAAUAUCAUGACAGGCGAUGGACGGGAUAUUGGAGCCUCGUCGCUGCACUUCAGAGAGCUCUCGAUGAAGAGAUCCCAAUUACAAGCCCGGAAUUUUGGAACGAUGAACAUGAAUGCACAGAUGAACUAUUGAGACAUGUCUUUCGUUCGGCGACAGACGAAGAGAUUCCGAUGUUCGAAGAGCGUGUGCAAUGCUUGCGUGAGGCAGGCAGAGUAUUAAGCGAGAAGUUCGACGGUAGCUUCGUAAACUGUCUCUAUGACGCAAAUCAUUCCGCUGCUGCUCUAGUCAACCUGUUAGCAGAUAACUUUUCUUGUUUCCGGGACCAGUCGACCUUCGAAGGACGCAAAGUCCGCCUGUAUAAGCGCGCACAGAUCUUAGUGGCAGAUCUAUGGGCGUGUUUCGAGGGUCAAAGCUAUGGGGAGUUCCAUGACAUUGACAAGAUUACCAUGUUUGCCGACUACCGUAUACCCCAAAUGCUCCACCAGCUCGGGUCUCUCGUCUACUCCCCUCCUCUGGAGAGCCACAUCAGACAACUGAAGCCAAUCCCCAGCGGCUCAAAUUGGGAAAUUGAACUUCGCGGCACUUCCAUUUGGUGCGUGGAGCUGAUCAGACAGGAGAUCAUGAGAAAACAUCCAGAAACGCGGGUGCAGACGACGGCGUCCAUUGCUGAGAAAGAUGACGACGUUCAUAUGGACGAAUCGCAAGAGGAGAAAACAUCAGACAGUCAAGAAACCAAAUCAGAAUCUCCGCCUCAGUCUCCGUCUCCGUCCGCGUCGCCAUCCUCAUCGUUCAACGUCAAUGCGAUCUUGAUAGACUUUUUCCUUUACGAUACCAUGAAAGAAUUGGAGGCCAAGGGAGCAGAAAGUAUUCCGCAUCAUCGCACAAGGAGCAUCUGGUACUGAGGUUAUCCCCAGUCUUUCGAUCUGAUCUUCGUUCGUAUAGAAAUUCAUGUUUGGCGGUUUUAGCUAGGACAGAUGAGGGGACCUGUGGUUUGUGAUUUGGAAGGAUUAUGAGAGAUCUGUUCGCCGGUCGUUGCUGAUCUAUAGGACUAUUAUAUAAUAAUACGCAACUUCGAUAGAUAGAAAUAGAAGAAUCCAGUCAU